GUUCCCCUCCGGUAUGUUUUUGUUGUCCCACACUACAGACAGUAAAGUUGUUAGCGAUGAGGCAGCUUCUGUGUUUGUUACAGUCUCUUAAUUUAAAGAUAUUAUUGGAUUAACGGUGUAAAUGACGUUUUAAGAGUAUAAAUAAAGAGCCUCUCAUUAAUGGCCACGCUGUGGUCAAAGAUCUCGGCUGUUUUGCCUCAUAAUGAGGAACAGUUUCCACUGCAGUUCAGCGACAGAGUGGAGUCAAGUGCGGUGGAGAUGCUGAAACGGGCCCGGGAGCAGCUGUACGGCGUCACUACGAGCAGCAGCAGAAUGCUUAAUGCUCAGAUCAUUUUGGAUUUUUCAUGGGAGAAGCUCAACACGGGAACAUGGCGCGAUGUGGACAAAGACUGGAGACGCCUUUAUUCGUACGGCUGCCUGUUCAAAGUGGCCGCUCUGUGUCGUGGAGAUCCGGCAGCAGACGAGGUCCUGCAGGCCGUGAGGACUUGUGACAUGGGUUUACUCAUGGGGGCGGCCAUCAUGGACGACAUACUUCAGGUUAUUGUUCGGAUUCUGCAAAGUGAAGUCAGGAAGUCAUCUAAAGAAGAAGAAAGUGAACACACUGAGGUCAAGAGAAUAAAGAUCGAGUGCCCACGUGCUCCGGUGAUCAAAGAGGAGUUGGCAGUUCCCAGGAUAAAGCGUCCUUCACUGGAGAGCUUCAACACAAACUACCUGCUCCCCCUCAAACCAGUCAUUCUAGAGGGGACCAUCGGGCACUGGCCCGCCCUCAACGAACACCCCUGGAGCAUCGAGUACUUGAGGCGCGUCGCCGGCUGUCGCACCGUUCCGGUCGAGGUGGGAUCCAGGUACACGGACGAGGAGUGGUCACAGACUCUGCUUACGGUCAACGAGUUCAUGGAUCGAUACAUUUUAAAUAAAGGUGGAGUGAAAGCUUCAGGUUACCUCGCUCAACACCAGCUGUUUGAUCAGAUACCAGAGCUGAAGGAAGACAUCCGUCCUCCUGAUUACUGCUGCCUGGGCGAAGGAGACGAGGACGACAUCACUGUCAACGCCUGGUUUGGACCCGGAGGUACGGUGUCUCCUCUUCACCAGGACCCUCAGCAGAACUUCUUGGCUCAGGUGGUGGGAAGCAAAUACAUUCGCCUAUAUUCCCCAGAGGACACAGACAAGCUGUACCCUCAUCCAUCACAGCUCCUGCACAACACCAGUCAGGUGGAGGUGGAGAAUCCAGACACUGGGCGCUUCCCGGAGUUCACCAAGGCUGCGUAUUUGGAAUGUGUGUUACACCCCGGAGACGUGCUGUUCAUCCCCGUCCAACACUGGCAUUAUGUCCGAUCCUUAGAGCUCAGCUUCUCUGUCAGCUUCUGGUGGUCGUGACUGCAGAUCCGAAACAAUAAAAGACUUUUGUAAAGUAACAUUUGACGCUUGUUUCCUGCUUCCGUGGACGGAAAUCAAUCUGGAGUUUUGAACUAAUGCGAGGCUAAUUCUCAUCAAUGUAAUGACAGGUGCUGAUCACACAAACCUGUGAUCCAUGAACAAUGAACACACUCUGCUGAAUGAUUAGUUUAAUUGUGCCACUGAUGAUUGCAACAACAUCUAUUGUGUGGAAAGCUGAACAGCAGGAGAAAGAAAACAACCAAAUGAGCAGUUAAAAGUGUUUGUGCUCAUUUCAUCCUGCAUAUAAUUACGGAGCGUUGCUAGUCGUGUAAUUUGAUAGGAUGUGUUUCUCUUUUCAAACUGGCAUAUUUAAUUGUGUUCUCAACCUUAUUCCUACAACUAUCCUCAGAUGUAUGAUUUCCAUAAUUCAUGGAAAUGAGGCAAGUCUUCAAAUGUAAUAAGCGAGCGAGCUGCAGGUAGAUGGUAAUAAACACGGCUCUGUGGUUAAA